AUGAAAUUCUCUGCCAUCCUUCUUGCUGCUUCUGCUGGUCUUGCUUCUGCUGCCUCCUCUGUCACUUUGACCAAAACUAUCACCAACAAUGGCAUGACGUACACCAAGACCAAUACCGAAGAGUACACUGGUCAGACCACUACUGAGCCAACCUCAGGUACUUACACCUUCACUAUCUCCAAGCCUAACGGUGUCAAGCUCUUGACCAACACUUACGGUCAGGCUACCACCAUCACCACCCACAGAGUCAUCUCUGGUCCAGAUGCGACCUACACUAAGCUGAUGACUGCCGCUAUGCAUACCACUGAGGUUUCCAGCUUCUUGGAGUCCCACUCCUCCCACUUGUCUGCUGCUUCUAAGGCUGCUGAGGACCACUCCAAGAACGGCGGCGGCUCCAGCUCUUCCAGCUCUUCCGGCUCUUCGUCUUCUUCUGACGGUGCUGGUAACGCUUUGCAGUACGGUGCUGGUGUCGGUGCAUUCGGUGUUGCUGCCGCUUUGCUUUUGUAA